AGGGAGGCAAUGGAGGAACAGCCCCUCCCUCACCUGCUUGGUCUCCUCUCCUCCGACGCCCCUCGAUCUUGUCCUUGCGCACAUCCUGUCCAGGAAGGAGGGGAACCAACUUCACUCGCUUUGGAUGACUUGGACGCAGCUUUUACGCACAACAUUUGAGCGAUUCGAUUCGGCAAUUUUUUCACAAGGUGACAUGGUUGCGAUGGCGUGUUGGAGAUGAUGAGCCGCCGCCGGCUGUGACACGUGUGAAUUUGUUUGACAACCUUGCGUCUUUGGCAACUGAACGAGAGAGAGAAAGACGCUCGCUCUUCGCGUGCACGAUUGGAUUUCUUUAUUUUUAUUUUUCGUCCCGUCCAAGAAGAGAGUUUGUGAUGCAUCUUUGAACGUUUCCCCCAUCCGAAUUGCUGUCGUUCGGAGCAACGGGGAUUUUCAAUGGAUUUUUUAUGCGGGGCCCGCUAGGAUGGACGUGGUAGAUGAAACUGAAGCCUUACAGAGAUUUUUUGAAGGCCAUGAUAUUACCAGUAGUCUGGAUACAGCCAACAUCGACACCAGUAUCCUGGAAGAGUACAUCAGCAAGGAGGACGAUAGCACUGACAUCUGUUUCUCAGAGGUCCACAGCACCCCGGGACCUAAUUACUCAUCCCCCCAGGCGGGAGUGUCCACCUCUGGGGGGUUGGUGUGCGGCGUGAGCCCUCCGAUUCCCCUCCGCCAGGGAGCGCCUCCCCCCGGCCCCCCCAACUGUCCCAACAACCCGUACCCGGCGGCGGGUCCUUCCCUGAGCCUGCGGCACAGCUACCCCUGCCUGGGUCAGCAUCAGCAACACCAGCAGCACCAGCAGCAGCACCAGCAGCAGCAGCAGCACCAGCAGCAGCCACACAUCAAACCCGAGCACAGAGCUCACUACGCCCCUGGAACUCUUCCCGAGUCCCCGCCAGACUCAAGCUCAGAGCCGUACUCACCUCAGCAGGUGAAUGACCCGCACAUGAUUAGGACCAUGACGCCGGAAAACAUGUGUCACAUGACUCCGACGCCGCCCCUUCCGCCUCACUAUGGCGGCAUGCACCGGGACAUGUACUUGAAGCCAGAGCCCAUCAUAUCCCAGUAUCCCAUGGGCCCAGCCACCAGUGCCGGUGGAGACAUGCAGCAGACGCAGAUGCUUCACCAGCUACUGCAGCAUCCGCAGGGGCAGGAUGGAAUUCCUGUUCAUCAGGCAAAAAAGAGGAAGCAUUCUGACUCUCCCAACAGCACUCUCAAUUCCCAAAUCCUCACAGGUAUCAUCAAACAAGAACCAGGUUUGAUGCAGGAGGCCGACAACGGAUACAUGGACCCAAACUAUCAGUGCAUCAAGUGGCAACCUCACCAGCAGAACAAGUGGACGCCACUUUAUGAUGCAAACUGCAAAGAGCUCCCGAUGCCAAGCUACCGAGUAGAUGCCGACAAAGGCUUCAACUUCUCCUUGUCCGACGAUGCUUUUGUGUGCCAGAAGAAGAAUCACUUCCAGGUGACAGUGUACGUAGGGAUGCUGGGCGAUCCCAAGUACGUCAAGACAAGCGAAGGAUUUCAGCCCAUCGACUGUUUCUAUCUCAAACUCAACGGAGUGAAAGUGGAGGCCAUGAAUCAGUCCAUCAGCGUGGAGCAGUCACAGUCGGAUCGAAGCAAGAGGCCUUUCAAGCCGGUUUUGGUCACCUUGCCCCCAGAGCAAGUCACAAAAGUGACAGUUGGCCGGCUCCACUUCAGCGAGACCACAGCGAAUAACAUGAGAAAGAAAGGCAAACCAAAUCCAGACCAGAGGUACUUCAUGCUGGUGGUGGCCCUGCACGCUCAGUCCCACAGUCAGACAUACACUGUGGCUGCUCAUGUGUCUGAGAGGAUCAUCGUCAGGGCGUCCAACCCGGGCCAGUUUGAAAGCGACUCGGACGUGCUGUGGCAGCGAGGCCAAUUACCCGACUCGGUCUACCAUCACGGGAGAGUCGGCGUCAACACCGACCGGCCCGACGAGGCUCUUGUCGUCCACGGUAAUGUCAAGGUCAUGGGCUCCCUCGUGCAUCCGUCCGACAUCCGAGCCAAAGAGAAUGUACAAGAGGUGGACACCACAGACAAUUUGAAACGGAUUUCUCAGAUGAGGCUGGUCCAUUAUCAAUACAAGCCCGAGUUUGCCGCCACCGUCGGCAUAGAGCGCACCGCAGAGACCGGAGUGAUUGCGCAAGAGGUUCAACAGAUUUUACCCGAGGCAGUCAAGGAAGGGGGCGAUGUUGUGUGCGCCAAUGGGGAAACUAUUCCCAACCUUUUAGUUGUCAACAAGGAUCGCAUCUUCAUGGAAAACGUGGGUGCGGUAAAAGAGCUGUGCAAGCUGACAGACAACCUGGAGACCCGAAUAGACGAGUUGGAGCGCUGGAGCCGCAAACUGGCCAAGCUGCGACGUCUCGACAGUAUGAAGAGCACCGUGAGCGGCGGCACGGUCAGCCAAUCGGGAAGCUAUUUUAGCAGGACAGGAAGUGGCCCCCUUAAGAAGAAGACAGUCAAACCUGGGAGCAAGAGCCCACUUCCAGAUCAAGGCUGUAUCAGUCAGAGGUUCAUGCAGGGGAGCAUCCUGGCCCUCGUCAUUGUCAUGGCCUUCAGUGUCAUAUCCAUGUCCAUCCUUUAUGUCCUGACUCUUCAUCAUAGAGGAGACGUCGGUAACAAAGACGGCGGCGGCUUUGCUUCCUGUGCUCUGUCCAUCUCUUGGAUGCCCGUCUUCACUGCCACUGUCACUUUCUGUUCACCUGCAUGUUCAUGGUCAAGAGCCGCACUGGGAUCGUCACUCAAGAGUCCAUUUGUUCCGCUUUCCACGACAUCGACACCAGCUUGCUGUUCAACCACAUCUUUGAGCAACCAAUCAUCCACCAUUCUGAUGUUAAAUAACAACCAAUCUGCCGCAGCUCCAGACACCUUGGUUCCCACACCAGGCAGCAUUAAUAAGAAGGCCAAAUCCAGAAUGAUGGACAAGGAUGGACGCAACAGAAACCGUCUGAGUCACACGUCUGCUCCGCUCUACAUGUCCAAGUCCAAAAGGCCUCCAUCGGCAGACUCGGACGGAGCGGGGGCCGCCAACCGUCUGCCCGGUGGACAGCAGCCAACGCCACGAAGACAGCGCAGUGUAUAUUUCAAGGAAGGAAGAUCAACACCGUCGCUGACUGCUCUGCACAUAGUGGAGACGGAGCAAGAAAUCACAACACAAUAUUGUAAAACCCCCAAAAGUUGCAGUUACACGAUAUCCCUCCAUGGAAAGACCAAUUCUUCGCUAUCGCAACUCACUUUGCACAUGAUGUCCCCAGACAGCGUGUGGGUCCAACAAUGUCAAGCUACCAAAGGACGGCUAUGUCCAAAUCACACGGAGACCGAACUGUACAGUGGACAAAGAACAACAACACGGGGCACUCAUCACUUGUGGUCACUGCCUCUGCUGUCCUUCCAAGACAUCACCUAUCAUUUUCGGGUCUCUUCAUCUGAUGGAAUGAGUUGUGCCGCUGAGGGUGAAACGUCCUCCUACUCUGACUACCACAUUGUCAUUGAAAACAAGUGCAUGUGAGAUGCGAGAAGGAUGCCUGCCUGGCCACCUCGUUCAUGCCUUAUAAGCGAGCUGCAUCUACCUGCGAUGUGCAUUUUAAUGUGCAUUCUGUUUUAUUCUUGUGUUUUAUUUUCAAAGAAAGUUAUGUAAAACUAUCUAUCACUGCCGUCUGGCUCGUAUCAACAUCUCUUUUUGCUGUCAUCAGCUGUUGUUUGUGUCUGAAAAUGUUUGAGAUCAACUGACAACUGUGUUGCACCACAGUUGAAAUGCCACCUUGAAACUUGUGAAGUGAAAUGAACGAUCACAGACGCGUCGUCAAUAUACACUGGAUGACACCGUAUACAUUUUGUUGACUUGAUGUACACUGAAAGUACAUUCACCUCCAAAUAGAAAUACACUGACGAGUUUAAGGGUUCAGCUCCGUCUGGCUGCAACCUGCCUUUUACCUCGAAUAGUCCACACUGCUACUUCCUUGGCCUCUUAUGCUACAAUUUGGGAAAGUACUGCACAGACAGAAGAGGAAAUGUAUCUCUUAAUGGCAAAUGUCAGAAUCCGUCAUGUAUGCAUUAGCACACAAAUAUGGGCAGUGUUGAAGGAAGCAAGUCAUGCUCAUUUCCUCAGAAUUACACAUUAUAGGACUGGAUGGAUGAAUGAAUGCUUAGUAACUGGAAAAACGCUAGAGAAUAAUAUAUGUCCAACACUGACAAUAUUUCUCAAGAAAACACUGGAAUAUUUUACACUGAAUUAUGCUUAUGCUAGUAACGUGCAUCAAAGUUGCUUUUCCCUCCAAACUCUCAAUUGCCACAGUUUUGUCGGUGAAUAUAAAUAAAGCUGCGAGGGAGUUGUGACUAUAACAUCACUGUUUGAAAUAUUAGUCAUCUGCACCAUCUUUUAACAAGUUUAAUAUGUGUGAUAUGUUUGGUAGCCUAUAAUGUUUUCUGAUUUAAAAAUAUUCUUGUGAUGUGCCCAACUGUUGCGCUUUUGUCUUUCAGAUUCAUUGUCCACAUGUAGGUUUUUGACAAAUUCAAUAUCUUACAGGAAAAACAGCCAUCAGAGGGGAAAGAAAACAUGUUGAAAACUCAGAGCAACUCUUUUCCGUUUCUUAUGUACUCUUGCUUAUUUAUAAUGCACCAGCUAGCAUAAAUGAAACCACUGUAGCACUUUUCACACUGUGUGUACAUAUACACUGUAUAUAAAUAAUGAACUGCUCUUGCUCUGUCCAUCUGCUUUAGAUAGUCCAGUAGAAUUGCAUUACAUAUAGUACUGUUUGGCAGCAUUGUGUUUAAAAUUGAUACUCAUUUUUUGUGUUAUUGUAUUGUUUUUAAAGUUUAUGUUGUUGUUGUUUUUUGCUGUCGACAGCAUAUUUCCACUUUAGCUAUUAAGAACUGGAAUGGUUACGAAAACAUUCCGACCAUUUCUACAUGUGAAGUCCAAAUACCAUAACACUAACUUGAAUACUUAAAUAUCAUGACAUAUAAUAUUGAGACCACACGGUCAUCACUUUUCCAGAGGGUUUUAUUUCAAGAAUAUGCUGUAAUAUUGUAAAAGCAAAUAAAUAUUAUAUGAUUUGUGGCGCAA